AGUUCCCUAAUUACUAUGUCGCGGCUUACUCCGUUAUUUUGAUGCCCCACCAAAAACCCCGCCGAAGCUUUCCGUCACCAGCUGAGCCCAGUCAACAACCACCUCCAUCAUCGUCGUUCUCUUCGCUACUAUAUUAGAGCGUCUUGUUCCUUGGAAUUCUCGUCCUUAUUAUUUCCUCUCCUAUAGCAACUUACUCUACGAAUACCUUACAGUCGCUAUCUAUCUUUCCUCAAAAUGUUGAUCAAAGUCCGUACCCUUACUGGCAAGGAGAUCGAGUUGGACAUCGAGCCCGAUUACAAGGUGUCCCGGAUAAAGGAGCGUGUUGAAGAGAAAGAGGGUAUUCCCCCUGUUCAGCAGCGAUUGAUUUUCGGUGGAAAGCAGAUGGCCGACGACAAGACUGCAUCGGAAUAUAAUCUGGAAGGUGGUGCCACGCUACACCUUGUUCUUGCUCUGCGUGGUGGAUGCUUGUGAAUGUGUGUGGUAUGACAGAAGGGGGAAUAAAGAGGAAGAUUUCUGUAUGUUGCUUUCAAGGCCGGUAUUCCGAACGCUAUGUAGCGUUGGUUUUUGUUUCGAGGCUAUGGGCAUGCAUGUAGGUUUUGAUCCUGGGGCGGAGGGUUUUAAUGAGCUACAAACCAACAAUGCAGUAAUGACAGU